AUGUCUUUUGAAGAAGCAAUUAAGGAGGAACAUUGUAUCAAGGCCAUGGAUGAAGAAAUUAAUUUCAUUGAAAGAAAUCAGACUUGGGAGCUUGUGGAUCUACCUGAAGGUAAAGAUUGUAUUGGUGUCGAAUGGGUUUAUAAAACCAAAUUUAAUGCAGAAGGUGAAAUUGAUAAACGUAAGGCUAUAUUAGUAGCAAAAGGUUAUGCACAACAACAUGGAAUUGAUUAUAUUGAAAUAUUUGCACCAGUUGCUAGCCUUGAUACAAUUAGAAUGGUUUUAGCAAUAGCUGCUCAGAAUAAUUGGAUUUUUUUUCAAAUGGAUGUUAAAUCUGUAUUUUUGAAUGGUUUUCUAGAAGAAGUGUAUGUGAAACAAGCACUAGGUUAUGAAGUGCAUGGACAUGAAGACAAGUUCUAUAGAUUGAAGAAGGGCACAAGCAGCAUGAGUGCGGGGCUGUGUGAUUUAGAAUUUGGUAGUGCAGUUGUAGACAAGGGAAAGGUUGCAGGUCGUGUUGUACUUGCCACUGCAUUGUUUCCUGCAUCGCCGCCCGCGCCCGUACCUUGCAAGUCCGUCCUUCGUGCUGAGUCUCGAUGCCAUCGCUACCUCUUCGCCGACGACCGCAGCCUACUCCUCGUCAGCAGCACGUCAACACCGCCUCCCGCCAGCACCACGCACUACCACCGCCGCCACGCCGACUCCUCCCAACAUUGGCCCCCGUCCUCUGUCUCUCCAGCGUCCGCUCACUUUCACCGGUGCUCACUACAAAAUGCCACUAAGCCACCACUUUCGGCCCGCCUCCGGCAACCUUCUCCUGUCGACGACACUAGACCAGAGGACCCGUGCCCACCACGUGCCAGGCGGCCACUAGCCCGUGGGUACAAACCAUCCACGCCAGAUCCGUACGGCCACCACGCAGCUCACAUAGUCGUAUUUGCAUACAGUGCCACGUAG